AUGGCGAACGGUGGCGGAGCGGUCAUCGAAAAUCUGAGCAAUCGGAAGCUCUUCGUCAUCUUCGCCGGCCUUCUCGCCGUUCAAUUCCUCUUCAUCAUCGUCGGAGCGUGGUAUGGUGAGUUUAACGAAAACGGGGUGACUUUAAAACUAGUUUUUUUUUCCAAAUUUAUAAAAUUGUCGAGAUUUUAAAUUAAACAAAAGUAAAUUCGAUUUUUCUAGCACCAUCGCCCUCCUCCUACAUGGAAUUCGAGAUGAUAACGUGUGUGGACAAGACGAGAGGACAGUCGGGCGAGUGGAUCCAUCGAGAUGUUAGUUUCUUUUCUAUCACAAAAACCAUGAAAACCUUUCAGAACUGUCAUCAAAUCUCCGAGCUCGGUGAUUUCACGCCCGCCUCGUUCGACCUGCGCGAAAUUGUGUUCGUCGCAAAAAUGCCGCACACAAGGUUUAUCAAAGUAUAUUUCUCGCCGCCAACAUUUCGCUGUUUUUUCAGAGACGGCGUCGAGUUGGAAUACUCGCCGUGGUUCCAGUUUCUGCUCGGCGUGCUCCACGUGGACGUCGAGUACAGCACGCACUUCAAGUACGUGGCUCACGCGCCGUUGGAGCUCGAAGUCCGGAUGGGAUACCGCGAGAAGGGCGCCGAGAAGAACGCGUGGAAAGAGCUGACGACGUCGAACGUGUCGCGCGUUCUCGAGUGCACCAUCGACGAGCAGGAUGUUCGUCUAUCCCGUUUCGUUAGAUUUAAUAUAUAAUGUUCAAUCUUGCAGAAAAAGGAUGGCGGAACGUACGAUUGCGAGAUGCUGGAUCUGUUCGAACUCGGCUCGAGCUCCUACCCGUUCUACCUCGUCAACAUUCGGAUUCCGAUUGAUCAGGCGGCGUGCCAGUACGAUCCGCGCAGUCCGAACUGCCAAAUCGGGAAGAUCAGCGGGCUGCGACUCAUUGAAAUCCACCAGAACGGCGGUUUCACGCUUGUCUGGCUGUGGACAAAGACGCUGAUGACGCCCGUCGUGUGCGCAUGUCUCUGGUGGUAUUGGCAGAGAGUAAGAGCAUCUUUCAACUCUUUGGAAAAAAUAGUAAAUUUCAGAUCAACCAACUGGCUCGCAACCCGCUACUCCUCGAGCGCGCAAUCCUCCUCCUCGGCCUCAGUUUGGCCAUUCUUGACUGUAAUCACGAAUCAAUCUCUAAAAUUCACCUGAUUUCCCUCUUUUUAGUCCCAAUCGAAUGGAUCUCACUGACGCACCGCAUUCCGUUCCUUCUGCUCGUCUCCGACCUCCGCCAAGGCCUCUUCUACACGGUGCUCCUCUCGUUCUGGCUCAUUUUCGCCGGCGAGCAUCUCAUCGACGACACCGCUCGCAAUAACAUUGUUAGUAGAGUUCUAGGGAUAGGCAAGAAGCUAGACCACCUUUCGUAAAAGCGAAUGGUGGCCUGGAGUUUAAAUUACAGCCGAAAUACGUUGGCUUUUGUGGAAGUUUCAGGCCAUUUUGAAAAACUAAACUCACUUUCUUGCAGAUGUCCUACCGCUUCAACCUCUCGUUCAUCGUCACCGCCUCCGUCGCCCUGCUCGUCUACGACCUCAUCGAGCGCGGCGUCCAGCUCUACGACCCAUUCUUCAGUGUCUGGUCAUCGCCGACCGGCUCUCAAAUCGCCUACUUUGCGAUCAUCGUCUCCGCCCUCUCCACUCUCAUCUACUUUGUCUUCCUCUUCUACAAAAUCGUCCGAGUUUGGCGAACGAUCCGAGCGAAGCGCGCCGCGCAGUUGUAUCAGACAAGCGAGAAUCGGCGCGUCAAAGUGGACGGAAUCAUCUACCGCUUCAAGUUCCUGAUGCUGUUCACACUGCUCUGCGCCGCGUUCACAAUCGCCGCCUACUUCAUGAAGCAGUACGGCGAGGCGCAGUUGCACGGCGACGAGGCGCGCGACGGAUUCUUGACGGGCAGCACGUCGGCAUUCUUCACCGGCACCUUUGGAAUGUGCAACAUUUAUGUGCUCUUGCUGCUUGCCAUGUACGCUCCGUCGCACAAACACUACCGCGGCGCGACUCGUAAGUUCGGGACGGGUGGCCCGUUUGCUACGUGUUCAGCUAUUCUUAUUUCCAGAAUUGAUCGACGAGAAUGACGACGAAAUUAUCGACGAUCCGUCGGCGCAGCACACCGAAUCCAACGCCAUGACGACGUUUUUGAAGGCGAGCACCGAUUGA